CAGCAGCUUUCCACCAUUGUGUAUUCGCCUCACAGCCACCGCAGGUCAUGUCCACUUGAUGCGAUUAAAGGCUUUUCAGCAGCAUGUCCAAGCGCCGGAGAGAUGAUAUACAGCUCGAUCUACCCCCUACCAAGAGGUAUCGUGAUACUGUGACCUCCCCGCUCGACCGGCUAUCUUCCCUAAGCGAUGAACUACUCCUCCAUAUCUUGUCAUUUCUCCCAAUUUCGUCGUUGAAUGUGUGCCAAAGAUUAUCCCAUCGAUUCCACACUCUCGCCGGCGAUUCGGAGCUUUGGAAAAGACAGUACUAUUCGCAAUGGGUUCGCCCUCGAGCUCGUCGCUUGGCCAAUGUCACUCGCUCUUCACUACCACCGAGGGUAGAGUACACGCCAAAAGUCUCGACAUGGUUUGAUCACAGUCACCUGGCCGAGGAAGGGAAGGCCACCAAUUGGAAAGGGCAAUAUCGUCUUCGGCACAAUUGGUCCACGGGAGUCUGUCGGGUAACCGAAGUCGAGUUCCCCCGGCCCCCGGCGCCUCCUGUGUUGGUCAAGCUUUGUGCCGGGGUUGUUUUCACAGCUGAUCAGGCGCAUGGGCUUCGGGCAUGGUGUGCAAAGGAUCCGGCAUACUGCCUGGCAAGUAUUCCUUUUCCAAAGGAAAUAGACGAGACUGCAGUCUGUCCAACUGCGUUAGCGGUGAGCCAGCUAGAUGAUGAACAGGAAAUUGUGGUUGGAUUCGAUGAUGGCCACUUCAAUCGCUAUGUCUUCGAUAUGGAAACUUCGCGACUAUACCUCCAAUCUAGUCACAUUGGAUUCAAGGACGGCGCCAUCACGGCCGUUGCUUUAUCCUCGCCAUAUCUCUUGAUUGUCUCUCAACACAAGAGCCUUUCAUUGUACAAUCUGCGAGUCUCGUCUCACGUUUCGGGGAACAUAGACGAAAGUAAAAACCUGCGGAAAUUGGCUUCUCUCAACGCAGCCAAUAUGGUGGCACCGAUGACGCUUUCUCUCCGCACAUCUGGCUUGGAAAUUGUGGCUACGAUUGUAUACAGUUUCUACCACAUUGGCUGUGGAUGGUCUUUGGGCAUUCAAGAGCUGCGGUUCAAUCCAGAUGGUGAGCAGGUGGAAUCCCGGCUGGCCAGUACGGUCGAUUCCCAGUACGGGACCACGCAACCACGAGGUCGGACAUCCUCGCGUAUACGACGGCAUUCCACGGGGACCGACGCAAGUGAUGGCCAUAUUACUGCAGCCCCCGUAGCGCCCUCAAUUAUGCAUCCACACCCGCCAACCUCCAUGUCCUACUCUCAUCCCUAUCUGCUCACCUCGCAUGCGGACAAUACUUUGACCAUGUACCUACUGGUAUCUGACUCUCGGCGUCUCUAUGUCCGCGGUGGUCAGCGACUUUGGGGGCAUACGUCUUCCGUGUCUGCCGUACAAGUGACCAACCGGGGUAAAGCAGUUUCUGUGAGUUCUCGUGGUGACGAGAUUCGCAUCUGGGAGCUGGAACCUGCAGUGCGCUCUCUCGGCAGCCGGCAAUUAUUGCAAGAAGAUAACAGCAUCCAAGUCAACCCGGAGAACAAAGAUCGAGAUGAAUCAGAGUUUGACUCUGCACCUCAAAGUCUUCGCGGGGAUAUGAGCGAUUCGGGACUUGACGGUGCACUCGAUGAUGUGUCUGUCAUGCACGGAUGCGUUGGAUUUGAUGAAGAGCGAGUCCUUUUGCUCCGGGAGAAGACCGUUGGCACGCAGCUACUGGAAUGUUACGAUUUCACGUAGCUCUCAUUGGAAAAGACCUCUUCGAUGUAGUUUAGAGGUCUUGGCGGGAGGUCCAUCAAUAAUUGACCAUGUUUCGACGAUCUCGAUCGAGUCCCAAGACUGGCCAAGUCCCCUCUCACGGCGAUUGGGUCCGCAUCACGGCAUCUUGGCUGGGAUUGGGGCGCUAACGCAGGGGCAAAAGGACCCGGUCGCGCAAGCCCCGUACGUAGCACAAGGUACUUGCCCCGCGAGAACAGCUGGGGACCCUGGCGGAUCUCUUGCCCAGCUAUAAAUGUGCCGUCGCCCCAAUCUUUUCUUUAGGUUGCGAUUUUGAAGUUCCAACUUUCGGGCCUCUUGGAUUCCAUUCCGAAAUGGAUUUACUGGCAUAGGAGCCGGUCUCGCUACGGUUCUGAUGGUUGGCCGGCAUGACGAGCUCUUCUCCGGACAAUAAGGCGCUAGGGGUCUCGCAGCGCAAUUGAAGAUGCUCGUUGAGCAGGAAAUAUCCAGAGGAGCUGACUUACCAGGAUCAACUGACCUACAGCUUGGGCAGCGCAAGCCUUCCAUGGACUGGAACCCCGUCCUGGCGGACAAACUGUUCAAAGCGACCGUUGAAUCUUGGUCUUUGCUGUGAGCCCUGUCUAAGGGUUCAUCUCGGAUGAUGCAUGAGGAGGAGAUACUGGUUGGCGUCAUGAAUGAAUGUAUUGUUGAAAUAUGGGAAGCUUAGUCUUCCGCAUGUAUGAAGAAUGCAGAGUGAAACCUGCCCAAAUACCAGGGCGCAUACCCUUUGGCGAGACUCAUCUCCUGCAAAGGGCUUUUAUGGAGUUCAUGAAAGAUCUCAGACGAGUCUCAGCCAGUCUCGGCGAGUCUCAGAAAGGUUCUGAAGAGAGUGAUGAAUUGAAAAUUCUCUCAGACUGUUGUGGUUGUGUCUUGGUGUUCAAGGGAGACUGAGAGUAUCCAACUGGCGAAUGUGAAAAGUUGCCUGAGAGCUGAGGGGAGAAAACUUCCCGCCUUGUUCCUUUCCCCCCCCACUACAAAUUUCGCCUGUUCAAUCCCGCUUCCUGGCCU